GUAUUAUUUGUAUUGGCCUUGUCUAUCUGAAAAAACGUAGUUCAUACUUCCAUUCUCCACUCUUGUGAUAAUGACAGGAACAAACCCAUCACUACGCGCCGUAUGAAUGGAUUCCGGUCAACGACCUCGGUAUGAUCUAUAAUCGCAGUUCUAAGAAGUAGCUCUUCGCGCGUAUGAAAUUGGUCCAUACACUUUAAUGACUUUGGAACCUUGAAUCGUUUCUGCUUUCUUUUGUCUUUUCUUGCUGCUUAGAAUUUGGCCGUCACUUUCUCUACACAUAAUUCACACUCCUAUACACGGCCGUCUUGAAGGCCAAUCUUAACAUGGAUAAAACAACUUCUACCUUGCCGUCAAUUACAUCAGCAGCCAAUACUAUAAUGCCAACAAUUACGAGAGAAACCGCUGUGUCUGAUACAGAAUCUACAGCUUCAUCGCCAUCCGGGUCCAGCCAAAAUGCAACAACAGAUUACCCCUCUCUCAACAUUGCUAUAGGAGUCGGGAUAGGAGUCGGUAUCGGAUUGGUUCUUCUGAUUAUUGCAUGUGUCCCCUUGUUUAAAUGGUGGAAACGACGCCGACAGGCUGCUCAUGGGCAAUUUCAAUACAAUCAUCAAGCGCCAUCACACCAGUUUCAAAAUCAAUACCAUAAUCAAUUUCAGGUAUAUCAUCAGUCACCCCGAGAUAUACAAGCUCCUUAUUUUUAUCCGGAGGCAGCUGGCACGAAUCGAACUUCUGCGAAUGGAAGUCCGCCCGGAUUUCACCUAGAAAGAGCAAAUAGUACUUUCCAAACUCCAGCUACUAGCCUACCAAAUUCUUAUCCAGAGAGCGCCGAUAGUGCGUAUCGAAAUACUUCGAAUAGAUAUACCCCAAACUAUUUUCCAGAGGCAGUUGGAGCGAACCAAAUUCCUACAAAUGGAUUUCCGCCAAACUAUUUCUCGGGAGCAAUUGGAACGAAUCAUGAUUCUGCGAAUACCCUUCCACCAAACUAUUCUUUGGAGGCAAUCGGAGCGAAUCAGAAUUCUGCGGUUGGAGGUCAUUCCACUCUUUAUCUAGAGAGCGCUGAAAGAACCUAUCAAAGUCCUAUGAAUAGACGUACGGCUGUAUUUGAGAUGAGUGACAAGAGACAGACGGAUUCGUGGGUUAAAGAGAUGAUGAUAGCUAAUCAGGAAGAGCUAUGGAUGGAAUCGCCCAUACGAUAGGAUAAUUGAGGAUAUUUAUCGUUCCACCGAGGGUGAGAAGGUGUGUUUGAAUAGAUUGCUGUUGUAUAUAUCAGAUUUCUUUUGUCUUUACUACCGCGAAAUUGUAAUGCAUAAAUUUAGCGACGGGUUGGGGAGUUGGGAUAUUUAUUCGCGAAGAGGGAAAUUGUUUGUGGGAAAGAGGGAAUUUAGAUGGAUGAGAUGAGAUACCCAGGGAUGUUUAAAGAUAUUAGAAUUCAAUCACAUUUA